AUGCACGCUACAACAUCAAAGGACUCUGUUUACUUUUUCGGCUAUGGAUCGUUAAUUUGGAAUCCAGGGUUCGCCUACACGAAUAAAGAAAAAGCUUAUGCCCAUGGAUUUGCUCGUCGAAUGUACCAGGGCAACACCUAUCAUCGAGGCGAUCGACAACAGCCAGGACGCGUUGCGACGCUCGUUCAAGACGAUGAUUCAUUCGCUACCGGAAUCGUUUUUGAAGUGGUCGGCCAAGAGAACAUCCGUGAGGCAUUCGUCCAUCUCUGGGAAAGAGAGAUCAACAAUGGCUAUGAUUUCGUCGAAAUCCCUGUGGAGAUUGCCGAUUCCGGGGAUAUGAUAAAUGCCUGGACAUGCAUUGCCCGACUAGACAACGAGUUUUACCUCGGCGAUGCCGACAUCGAACAAAUGGCCAUAGAGAUUCGACAAGCCAGAGGAUGCGCUGGGCCGAAUUUCGAAUAUGUACUGAAGUUGGCCGAGCACGUCCGAUUGCUGUUCCCGGACGAUCAGGACGAACAUCUGUUUGAAUUGGAAAGCCGAAUCCGACUGCAGGCAACAACCUACGUCUAG